CCCCAGCUCGCCUCCGCCUACCACCAGAUCGGGUUGACGCUGUCGCGGAUGAAUCGGCUGGAGGAGGCGUUCGAGGCGUACAACGGCGCGAUCGAGCUGCUGCCCUCAUACGCCAUCACCUACAACAACAUCGGCGUCCUGCUCUCCAAGAUGGGCAGGGUAGAAGAGGCCCUGGCGCACUACGAAGCUGCGUUCAGCAUUGACGACAACUAUGCGGAUGCAAAGAACAACAUCGCGGCAGCUAAGCUUCAG